AUGCUCGAGCCAAUUCAUCUCCCCAUUCUGGGGGCUGUUGCGAUGCUGGGUCUCAUGGUAUUCCGAGGACUCAGACUGCAGCAUGAUCCCCGUGAGCCACCCUUACUACCGAGCAAGAUUCCAAUGACCGGUCAUCUACUCGGGAUGAUAUUUGAAGGUCUUCCGUACUGGGAUAAAACUGCCAAUAAGAACCCAACACAUGGGAUCUUCGCCUUAAACUUGCUGUUCACGAAGGUGUAUCUCGUUUCUUCGACCGAGAUCAUCCGUUUGAUGCAGCGCAAUCAGAAGACUCUCACGUUUGAUCCUAUCAACAGAGUCAGCAUCCAGAUAUUCAGCGGCAUCAAUAAUGAGCGGACACUGCGCAUGGUCAGUAAUACGCAUGAGGGGGACCUGGGACUGGGUGCUGAAUGCUCGAAGAUGGAAUGGUCAGAUACAAUACCUGUCAGGACCAACUACCGCAGGACAUCACCUUAG